AUGAAAGGCGCUUAUCAACAGAUGAUCAUAUGUUUUGCAAUCACUGAAGACGUCAUAGUUUUAACUACUGUUUUUCCCGAUACUUCCGCUAAAUGGAAAGAACUUGCAAACCUCUUUGAAGAAAGGUGGAAUUUCCCUCAUUGCCUGGGAGCAAUAGAUGGGAAACACAUUGAUAUAAUCCCACCUGCUGACAGCGGUUCUUAUUACUACAACUACAAAGGACGACACAGCAUGGUUCUCAUGGCAAUUGUUGACGCAAGAUACUGAUUUAUAAUGGCAGAUUUUGGGACAAAUGGAAGAGUUUCUGAUGAAGGGGUAUUACAAAACACCAAGUUUUGAUUGGAUCAUGCUGAUUGGAGCGUGUAUGGCGAGAAAAGAGAAACGCAGCUUUGGAUAAGUUAUUGAAGAAAUUGGCAAAACUUUUAG